UGCAGAUCUAUCCAAUUGAAUUUCAAGAAAGUCAAAAGGCUUCCAAUUGUAAUUCGAGGCGGUCAAUUAGGUGAAGCCAUCGCAAAAUGGCGGAGAGUAGUUGUGAAUGAAGACACAAUCCUCCCGCGAACUCGCCAUGAAAGGAAAAGAGCGCUCCCCGGCUAAGGCCAAACGGUCCCGGGGGGCGGAAGAGUCAACUCGUGAGAGAGGCGCAAAAAAACUGAGUUCUGGCGGUGGCAGUAACGGGUCAUCAGGAAAGACAUCAGAGAGUAGCACGGGCCGCCGGAGCCUGCAUGUUGAAAAGAGUAUUUCCUCGAGCCGCGACUAUGAGCAAUCCGGCAGAACCCAGGGGCUGCAUCGCUAUGGCUCCCCCGGGGCAAGCAGCGGCAGUGGCAGCAGUAAAGGUGGCGCUGAGAGCCGAGGAGGCCGGGCUGCAGAAAGCCGUGCGGAGCCAGAAUACUACAAAUCCUUGCGGAUAAGCGAGCUGGGCUCCUCGCUAAGUGACGAGGCCAUUGAGGACGGACUUUUCCACGAAUUCAAGAAAUUCGGAGACGUGAGUGUGAAAAUGUCUCGUGAGGGAGACGAGCGUGUGGCCUUGGUGAAUUUCAGGCGCGCCCUAGAUGCCCGAGCCGCUAAGCACGCUCGUGGAAGACUGGUUCUCUAUGACCGACCUCUUAAGAUUGAGGCUGUUUAUUUGAAUGUCGGCGGCACCAAUCGGAGGCGUAGCCGCAGCCCGGGGGAUAAAGACUCGUAUGGCGGACUCUCUGCCGCAGUUUCCACACUGGCCACCCACCGGCACCCUCAUGGGCAGCGCGCACUCUCCCCCGGCGGCCUUGGUUACAGAGACUACAGACUGCAGCAAUUAGCUCUGGGGCGCCUCCCACCGGCACCCGCAACUCUCCCUAGAGAGCUGGACAGGGAGCGGGAUUACAGUCUUUACGAGAGUCGUCUGAGGCCUACCUAUACAGUUGAUCCCCGAGUGAACUUUAGAGACGAAGACCUUGCUUUAGAGAUUGAUGCUAGAGCCAAUCGUACACUCUUUGUUGGAAACCUGGACGUCAUUGUUAAAGAGACUGAAAUUUAUAGGGUCUUCGGACGCUUUGGAACUAUUACAGAAGUCGAUAUAAAACGAGCGGGUCGUGGGCAGCAAACAACAUAUGGUUUCAUAAAGUUUGAGAACCUUGACAUGGCUCACAGGGCAAAGGUUGCAAUGUCUGGCAAGAUGCUUCGCAGCUAUGCUUUAAAGAUUGGCUACGGAAAAGUAGUACCAACGAACCGCCUUUGGGUGGGGGGGCUGGGACCUUGGGUACCCGUGACUGCAUUGGCCCGAGAAUUUGAUAGGUUUGGCACCAUCCGUCAAAUUGAUUACCGCAAAGGGGAAAACUGGGCAUAUAUACAAUAUGAAAGUCUGGAUGCUGCCCAGGCUGCCUGUACACAGAUGAGAGGCUUCCCUCUGGGGGGUGACCAUAGAAGACUUCGUGUAGAUUUUGCUGAAGCAGAUGUUCGUUUUCCGCAUCCUUAUGUUCAGCCAUUACCCAUCCCUUAUAUUGAUUUUGGAGAGGAGACACCAGGACAUCGGACUAGUGAAGCGAGCAGAGCUAGAGAUCGUUCACCUUUAAUAUUCAGGGAGAGAGAUACAUUUACAAACAAUGAGUGGGUGUCACCUCCUGCCAGAGACCGACACAGAGUCACCAGUGACUCUCUUGAAACAAUAGAACGUCGUGCUGAUAGUUGGGCUCCUGACAGAGGCCGUGAAAGGGACGAAGUGAACAGAAAUCCCCAAAGGAAAAGGAGACUGGAUGAUAGCCGUCGCCUAGAGAGGUCUCCAGAGAGUGAUCGCUCGAGAAAGAGAACCUGUGCCACUCCUGAACGUAGUCCUGAAGGCAGUGGAGGGCGAGACAGCCGUUACAAUGUCUCUGAUCGAGCAGCAUGCCGCUCACCUUCUAGAAAUUGGAGGGGAAGCCUGGAGCUUGGGCAAGAAGACAAAAAUUCUAGAAAAAAUUCAGUUGAAAAAGAGAGAAAGCACCGUGUAACUGCAUGUAAAAGCCCUUUAAAAAAGGACGAGCAUCCAGAGGGUAACAGCAAAGUGAAAUCUCCCCAAAAAACAGAAGCAGCACACAAGCUGCGUCUGGCUUGGCAAGGUAUGCUUCUGCUUAAAAACAGCAAUUUUCCAUCUAAUAUGCACCUUUUGCAAGGAGAUUUUGCAGUAGCAUCCAGUUUGCUGGUUGAAGGACCUUCAGGAGGAAAGGUGGCUCAGCUAAAAAUUACACAGCGCCUCCGACUUGACCAGCCAAAGUUGGAUGAAGUUACUCGACGCAUCAGAGUGGCAGGGCCUAAUGGCUAUGCCAUCCUACUUGCUAUUCCUGCUACUUCUGAGGGUUCAUUAGUGGACCAAGCCAGUGCAACACAACGACCCCUAAGAAACCUUGUGUCCUACUUAAAACAAAAACAAGCUGCAGGUGUAAUCAGCCUGCCAGUUGGGAGCAAUAAAGACAAGGAUCAUGCAGGAGUUCUUCAUGCUUUUCCUCCCUGUAAUUUUUCACAGCAGUUUGUUGAUGCUGAAGCAAAAGCCCUUGUGAAGUCUGAUGAUGACUACCUUAUAAUGAUUAUAGUACGUGGAGCAUCCUAGGUCCAUGUUUAUAUUUCUGUAUGUUAUUCUCAAGGUAUUAUGAGAUACAGUAUAACUUUUUUUUAAUUUUUUUUUUGUAAUCACUAGUCUAAUCUUUAUAUUGCAGUUUUAUAAUCUGCUUAGCAAAGUUGUUGAUGUAAUUAAACAGGACUGGACCAUAUUCAAGUAUUGACCUUUCCAGCCUUUCCCCAUAUUCAUUAAAUGAUGUUCUUAAACCUCUUAGUAUAGGUAAUUGCAAUGUUCUGAUUUUGGCAUCUUUUUUUAUUUUUUUUUCCAGUAAUGUGUUGUUUUAAAUUAGUAGAAACAUAAAGUAGAAUUUCUUAAAUUUGGGUCCCAAGCUGUCACUAGAUCACAACACCAAAACGUAAUUUCUUAUAGGAUGUGCUCCAGUAACAACUGAGAAUACAAGUUCAAGAAAUACUCCAAUUUGCACAGAGUGGUCAGCACUGCAAGCGAGCAUCACAUUGUGCAAGUUGGAGUAUUCGGGAGGAGUAACUGAAGUCUCGUGAUAGCUGCAACCAGCAAGGGAACGGUACAUGCUAGGAUGAGCUCCGCCAUAGCUGCUUCUUUUCCAUUGCUGUAAUCAAGAAAUACUUCCUUAUAUAUUUAAAACCAAUACCAGAUGCUUGGGUAUUCCUUAUUUAUUCUUGUUUUCUCAUAGUAUGGAAUAGGGUUCAGUGUAGUACUGUAUGUGUCUGUGUAUAUAAAAUAUGUACACGUGUCUAUAUAUAUAUAUAUAUAUAUAUAUAUAUAUAUGUACACAUAUAAAGUAUAUAUACUUAUUCUUCACCUCUAAUAAGAAAAUCUGAAUGAGAAUCUUACUUUUUUUUGUUGAUUUUGUUUAUUUUCUGUAUCUAUAAAUGGCCCAUAUAACAUGGGGAUAUGGUAGAUCACAUAGUGGUUUCCUUAGCAGAGGCUUGUUCUGAAGACUUUUGUAAAGCAGUGCAAUAGAGGUGUCAAAAUAGGAUGCACUAUAACACACAGGCCAGUAUGUUGAAGAGCAAUAUUUUGACAAUAAGCUAUGCAAGAAAACUGUACAGUCGCCAUCACGUACAUAACCUAUAUUUUCACUUUGUAGGGUCAUAGCUAAUAAAUUACUGUCAUACUACAUAGCAUGUACAAUGACAUGAGAUCAACAAUUACUGCAUAUUUCUAAAUGUAAAAUCUUUUAGUUUAAAAUAGGCUACUUUAAAAUGCCAUGUCAAGUAUCCUAGAUAAACAUGUAAAUUUAUUUUACUGUGGCCUUUCAAAGAAAAAUCUUUUGUCUGUUUUAAAUGUAGUUAAUGCUCUACUAGUAUUAUCUCAUAUUAAAAUACACUAUCCAGCAACAAUACAAGUUAGUUAUACAGUCUUAAACUAUUUUUUUUCUUUGAAUUACUUUAUCAUCACAUAUGUUUUUUUAAAUUCAUCUUGGCAACAUAUUAAUUAGGCUGACAUGUAAUGCAAGCAGGGUAGUAAUGUAUUUUUUCCCUUUAUUGGAGAAAUGUGUUUUUUUUCCUCUUUAUUUGAGAAGAUGUCAAAAACAGAGUUGUAUAGUUGU